GCGACCGUCCGCCUCCUACUGGGAACUGCUUCCGCGGUGCCGGGGCGGCGAGGCCUGCGGGCGGCGGGCGGAAUGAUCGCGGCGCGCGGCGGAGGGGCGCGGACGCUGCGGGUGCCGGGCCGCCACGGCUACGCCGCCGAGUUCUCCCCGUACCUGCCGGGCCGCCUGGCCUGCGCCGCCGCGCAGCAUUACGGCAUUGCGGGCUGUGGAACCCUAUUAAUAUUGGAUCAAAAUGAAUCUGGGCUUAGGCUUUUUAGAAGCUUUGAUUGGAACGAUGGUUUAUUUGAUGUGACCUGGAGUGAGAACAAUGAACAUGUCCUCAUUACCUGUAGUGGCGAUGGCUCGCUGCAGCUCUGGGACACCGCCAAACCCGCAGGGCCACUGCAAGUCUAUAAGGAACACACUCAGGAGGUAUAUAGUGUUGACUGGAGCCAAACCAGAGGUGAACAGUUUGUGGUGUCUGGCUCAUGGGAUCAAACCGUCAAAUUGUGGGAUCCAGUUGUUGGAAAAUCUCUUUGCACCUUUAGAGGCCAUGAAAAUGUCAUUUAUAGCACAAUCUGGUCUCCCCACAUUCCUGGUUGUUUUGCUUCAGCCUCAGGUGAUCAGACUCUGAGAAUCUGGGAUGCAAAGGCAGCAGGAGUGAGAAUUGUGAUUCCAGCACAUCAGGCAGAAGUCUUGAGUUGUGACUGGUGUAAAUACAAUGAGAAUUUGCUGGUGACAGGGGCAGUUGACUGUAGCUUAAGAGGCUGGGACUUAAGGAAUGUACGACAACCUGUGUUUGAACUUCUUGGUCAUACCUAUGCCAUUAGGAGAGUGAAAUUUUCACCAUUUCAUGCCUCUGUGCUGGCCUCUUGCUCCUAUGAUUUUACUGUAAGAUUCUGGAACUUUUCAAACCCUGAUCCUCUUCUUGAAACAGUGGAGCACCACACAGAGUUUACUUGUGGUUUAGAUUUAAGUCUUCAGAGCCCUACGCAGGUGGCUGACUGUUCUUGGGAUGAAACGAUAAAGAUAUAUGAUCCUGCUUGUCUGAGUAUUCCCGCCUGAGAUAACUACUCUGAUUAAAGACAGAAGUUGCUGGCUGAAGAACUACUGAACAGCAAAUAAAUAUUGAAAACGUGGACAUUAUGCUUUCUAUGCUAUCCGGAUUUCAGAUUUUUCAAAUUUACCCUGGAAUAAGUUUUGAGGCAGCUGAUAAAGACUUUGGCUCACUCUUUAAGCCUGGUACAUAAGCCAUAUUUCUUAAAAAUCCUAAUAAAUCAUUAAUAUUAUGGUAUAUCUUAUAAUAUCUAAUAAAAUGUAGUCUCUGUAUUAUAAAAUGGAUUAAAAUAUGGGAGCUCAGUAGAUUAUACUUAGAGAUAGUGAUAUAUUUCAUUUUUAAUUUAUGUCAUUUUUAUGUAUAAUAUAAUCACUGCUAUUGAUAAAAAUCAAAACAAGCUGCUUCUCUUGAUCAUUUAUCAUUUCAUGACAUCCCCAACAAGAUUGCUUUUUCUAAUAAAUUUUAUGCAUGAAAACAAUACUCUAUAUAAUAAUGUAAAUAUACCUGUGGUUCAGUAACCGGGCUCUGAUGUAGAUUUAACUUAUUCAGUAGUUAUUUAUGAGCAUCUGCUAUAUACCUGACACAUAGACUGAAUGAGAUUCUCUCAAGGACUGGUGCCAUGCUUUAAAAGCAUAGAAUGCUGUGAGUUAAGAAUUCAAAAACUUUUAGAUAGUGUGCCUAUGACUUUGUAUUUUUCUCUUCCCCCUUGUCUAAUACCAAAUUUUAAAAUAUUGUCCAUUGAACAAAAAGUAUUAUGUCCUACUAAGGCUUCCGGCUUUUGUCCUAAAACUAAACUCAGGUAAUACUAUAAACCCUCCUUACUACCUCUCCGAGUUUCUUUGAAAAAUCUCUAGGUACAGAUGAACUGAGAGAAAAAAAUAGGUUAAAAGGGUAAAAUUAGCAAAACAAAUUACUUUGCAUAACAUUUAUAUUUUUAUAUGGUAUUAAAAUGUCAUAAAUGGCAGAAGUUAUAAGUAGAUUCUUAAGUGUUUAAGAAUUUUUAAAGAACAAAAUAUACUUGUAAUAGAACUAAAAUAAACUGAUAUAUGUAGAUUGUCUUAUUUA